AUGGGUGUGAACUCCACGGUGGUCAUCUCUCUCGCCUACUUCCUCUCAGCCGUGACAUCGAUCUACUCACAACACCUAUCCCAGGGUCUUCCUGACCCACCGGUGGACCUGCUCUAUCCGGGAAUAGCGCUAUUCCUGAUCGGGUUAACCGGCAACUUGUACCACCAUAUCCUCCUCUCCAAACUGAGGCAAGAGGGUGACAGAGAGUACAAGAUCCCCAAGGAGGGACUGUUUGGCUGGGUCAUUUGUCCACACUACUUGUUUGAGGUCAUAGAUUUUGUGGGGAUUUCAUUCAUUUCCCAGACAGUCUAUUCUUGUUCCUGGUCUCUGGCCACAUUUUUCUACCUUCUGGGCAGGAGUUAUGCCACUAGGAGGUGGUACACUUCCAAAUUUGAGGAUUUUCCUGAAGAUGUCAAGGCUCUUAUCCCAUUCAUUUUCUGA